AUGUACCCCAGAAUUAGUCCACAACGGCUUGCUGGGCUUCGAAAAGAGGCGCAAGCGAAGGGGGUGGAGUUUCCGCUACCUAAAGCUCCGCGCAAGCAAUUGCCGGAGCGGCCAGACAAGGGUCACAGAUAUGAACGCGAGAAGGUUAUAAGGUUGAAGAAGAUCGAGGAGAACAUGAAGGCCAUGCCGGAUAAGAUCAAGGAGUUCCGGGAGCAACGACGUGACGAUAGAGACCAAAUGCGCGCGGACGCGAAGUCGUACCUGAAGACCGAGAAAUUGUUCUAA